AUGACUGCAACAGACGCAUUAAAUUCGUUUCGUUCAACUUGGCAAAAGGAACUUCAUAAUGGAAGAACAAAUAACGAGCCAUCGCAAGAACAACAAGAAGAAAAAAACGAACUCACACUUUUAUCCGGAAAACGACCAUUAUUUAAAAAUAAUGAUAUUGAGACAAUUGAGCCAAUAUAUCAUGACGAUAGCGAUUAUUUUCAUCAGAAAACAGAAAUACCAUCAUUCACUAUUGGUAUAAAUUCGUUUCAUGUCGAUCAUUCAUCUCAACCAAUUCGAAAGAAAACAAAAACACUUGAUAAUCAAAUUAGUUCAACAACAACAACAACGAUUAUUGAUCAAUUAAUUCAAGAUAUUAAUGAGACAUACAAUCAGAUACCAUUUUUCGACUGUCAAUUACCGCGUGAAAUAGCCUUAAAAAUAUUCAAUUAUUUAACAAUGAAAGAUUUAUGUAUAUGUUCACAUGUAUCUCGAUCAUGGAAUAGUUUAGCAUCCGACGAAUUACUAUGGGAAAAGACAUUUUAUCGUCUAGGAUUAACAAUAACUGAACAUACUAUUGACGAUAGUUUUGCAAACAUGUCCUACUGGAAAAGAUUAGUACGGCAAAAGAUUCUUGAGUCAAGACAAUUAGUAUCGAACUGGAAAAAUAAACAAUGUAGCAUAAAGAAAUUGAAAAAUGGUUUAGGUAUUGUAUUGACAUGCGCAACAAAUAAUGAUGUAUCAAUUGUGGGCGGUUAUUCAUCUGGAAUAAUUAAAAAAUGGAAAAUGGAAACCAUUCUGAGUCAAGAUUAUAUUUUAAAUGAUGAAAAUGAAUACGAAAAUGAUACAAUAACACCCGAAAUUAUCUAUGAAACAAGUGAAUUUGUUGAUGAUGAAACAGAGUCAUCAGCGAUUAGAUGUUUGGGAUUAAUGAAUCAGAGUACGUUUGCCUUGCAUGAAAAUGGCACUAUGGAAAUUUGGUCUACUGAACGUGGAGGAAAACCUUACUAUGUUAAUACAUUUCGAAAUGUUGAAAAUUAUUCUCAUGAUGAAACAUUAUUUGCUUUUACAACUCGUUCAACGUUGCAUGUGCUAAAGGAACAACAGCAUGAUGAAUUACAUCAAUCAGAGAGCAAUGUGAAUGACUAUAAUUCCAAAGAUAUCCAGCCACACUUUCAACAAAUUGAUUUUGAAAAUGAUCAUAUAAUCUCGUUAUCUAUAUCUAAUCAACACUUGAUGCCAUUUAGUAUAUUGGCUACGAAAAAAGCAUUAUGGUGUGUAUCAUUAAAAAAUAUCCAACAUCGUUUGUCAUUUUAUACGUUACUUUUGCCUGAUUUUAUGAACACAUUACCGUUAGAUAUACAUAGUGAAGAAACAUUAGCUGUUGUUGGUGUUAUGGAUUAUUCAUGUGCCUAUUCUUUGAAAUUAUUUGAUUUACAAAGUGGACGAUGUGAUCUUCUUUCAACGUAUGAAAAUUUACCAUCUGGUAUUAAAAUGAUACGAGCACGCAACUGUCCGAGAAACGAAUUUAUUGUAGCUUAUAAUAACUAUCAAUUGACAGUCUAUGAUCAGCGAUUAAAAAUGAAUAAUAAUGGUGGAGUUCAACAUUUCUAUGGACAUUAUGCGCCAAUCACUGGUCUUCAAAUGGACGAAUGGCGUUUAGCCGGUACAGACGACUAUGGUUUUAUCAAACUAUGGGAUCGUCGAAUGGAUAAUCGUUCAUUAUGGUUCAUACAUCCUCAAUCACAUCCUAUCACACACUGUUAUUUUGACAAGAGAAUAUUGAUAUGCGCAUCAACACCAUAUUAUAAAUAUCCAGAUAUGACACUUUAUCGGCAAAAUUCUGAAAUAUUGUGUGGACAUAUUUAUGUUUAUGACUUUAAAACAGAUUUGAGUACAAAAGAUGCGCCAGAAAUUUGUCAAUCAAACUAUGAUGUACCAGAAGCAUCGAACCACCGACUUCAACUGGCAACACCUUUCGAUCGAAUUGAUUGA